CACAAAAUCGAAAAUAAUUUUGAGAUGAGCUGAUAUUUUAAUCGUUUUUUWAAAUUAUUUUUUAAACUCUGUUAACGAUGCAGGGGCUAUGGAGCUUGAUAGGAAAGAUGGGCACUGCUGCCCAGAGCUUUCCGUACGAGAUCGGUGAGAAAAUAGAAAGUUCUGAUAGUAAAUGUCCAUGGUCCAUCCAUCAUGGCAAAAAAAAGGCUACUGGGGAUCCUGUGACUGUGUUUGCUUUAGACGUGAAGGCUUCUUCUGAGAAUAAGGUUAAACUCGCUAAGUCCUCCUUAAAAAGACUUAAGACGUUAAGACACCCAAAUGUAGUAACAUAUGUAGAUAGUUUAGAGACUGAUACCCUUAUCUACCUUGUAACUGAGCCUGUGGUCCCAUUAGAGGUAUAUUUAUCAAAAGACGAAGGUACAAAGUCUGAUUUAGCCAUCUCAUGGGGAAUUCAUCAAAUUGCUGCUGGUCUCAGCUUCCUGAUUAAUGACUGCAAUUUACAACAUGGUAAUGUAUCCAUGUCAUCAGUGUAUGUCGACAUUGCCGGGGAAUGGAAACUUGGUGGUGUAGAGUAUGUGCAGCCCUUAGAGCCUCCACCUGGUGCUGAGGAAGCAAAUGUUACCUUGUUACCAGCGCUGCAAGUAUAUGACCCCCCUGAAGGAAGAAAGUAUACCAAGACUAAUAAACGACUAAACAAAUGGUCUGCAGACAUGUGGGGCUUGGGUUGCUUAAUAUGGGAAAUAUUUAACGGCUCGUUAUCAAGAUCGGCAUCAUUGAAGUCCAUUGGUAAGAUUCCUAAGAGUUUGGUUCCACAUUAUGGAGAGCUGGUCAGUGCAAAUCCCAAGAUGAGACCAAACCCAACCAAGUUUAUAGAAAACUGUCGUUCACAAGGACAUUAUUUGAAGAAUGAUUUUGUUGAUGCUAAUCUGUUUCUUAGGGAACUGCAGAUAAAAGAUCCAAAGGAACAAAAAGUCUUUUUCUCUUCACUUAGUUCUUCAGUGGACUCUUUCCCUGAGCCGUUCUGCAAACACAGAAUUCUUCCUCAACUUAUUAACGCUUUUGGAUUUGGUGCCGCUGGAUCUGCCGUACUCGGGCCUUUGUUUAAAGUAGGAAAGCUAUUAGAAGCUGAAGAAUACCAGAUUAAGAUUGUUCCUUGUGUUGUGAAGCUGUUUUCAUCCACUGAUAGAGCAACAAGAAUUCAACUCUUACAACAGUUGGACCAGUUUGUUGAGCACCUUAAACCUCAGAUCGUUGAUGAACAAAUCUUUCCUCACGUAGCUCUGGGUUUUGGAGACUCUGUACCAGCCAUGAGGGAACAGACAGUAAAGGCAAUGCUUCUUUUAGCCUCAAAGCUUAGCGACAAAACAAUCAAUAACCUUCUUUUGAAACACUUCGCAAAGCUACAAAUGGACCAAGAGGCAGGAAUAAGAACAAACACCACUGUUUGUUUAGGGAAAAUUGCUUGCCAUCUCUCAGAUGCGACCCGACAGAAAGUAUUGGUCUCAGCAUUUCUUCGUCCUCUUCGUGACCCGUUUCCUCCAGCUCGUACAGCCGGCAUCAUGGCUUUUUGUACCACCAACACAUACUACAGCUUGAAAGACUGUGCUAUGAAGAUCCUCCCUGCGUUAUGUUUACUGACAAUGGACCCUGAAAGAAAAGUUCGUGAUCAGGCAUUCAAAGCAAUCAAACUGUUUCUUGGAAAAUUAGAAAAAGCAUCAGAAGAUCCGGAAUCAUUCAUCAACAAAACUGCUGCAGAACAGACCGCAGAGGAUGCUGGGUCUUCCUGGACAGGAUGGGCUAUGACGUCACUUACAUCAAAACUCUACAAAGGUGGACCAGCACCGACUGCAGGCGCUAACGAGUCAUCGACACCUCCACCACCGGCAGCUACGGAAAAAAAUCCGCCAAAAAGCAAAGGUCCCGAACAAGCCCGAGGGAAUCCCGCACAACCACCAAAGAAAUCUUCCCAGAAAAGCACUCCUUCCAAAACCAAUCAAGGAAAAGUUAACGAUGAUUUUGAUGAAGGAUGGGAUGACGACUGGGGUGACUCACAGGAGCCAGGUGGAAUCAUUAAUGAGUUGAGGAACGAUUUGAUGGCGGUGAAGCAAGAGUGUCAAUCUUUACAAGAGAGUACCUCGCACAAGGAACCUGGGUACGAGGACGAGCAGGAGGCUGAGGAUAGCGGAAGUGACUAUGAUGACUGGAACAACGAUGACUGGUCGAGCAUAAAUCAAACUAAGGCUCCUCAAUCCACAGAAGAAGAGUCACCAGCCUUCACACGAGAUGGCGGUAAAAGCGCCAGUCAUUUCUUCACUGAGGCAUCAAAAAGUGACGAUAACGCUUUUGAUAACGAUCCCUUCUCGGCAUUGUCUAAUACGAACUUCAAGAAAUCAGGACAAACCUCGCGUUCUAAUGAACAAACUACAGGGUCCUCUGAAGGAGACUGGGGACUUGAUGACUGGGGCUCUUUCGACGAGGUACCUUCUAGUAAACCCUCUAAGAGCACCAAAGGAAAAGGUACCGUGGGUGACUCCCGGGUGGCUGAGGGUUGGUGUACUACUGAUGAACCUGUGAAAACAACUAGUGGAGGACCAGGAUGGGAUGAAUGGAAUGAUGGCUGGGAUUCCUCCAACAUGUCCGGUGAUUCAAGUGGAAUGAGUAAAGCUGAAUUAGCUAAGAAGAAGAGAGAAGAAAGAAAACAACAACGGUUACAAGCACUGAAAGAGAAGAAAGCUGCUGGUCGAGGCCCCUCCAAACUGGGAGCUGUGAAAAUGCAAUAGAAACGAAUAAGAUAUAAAAACUGAGAUUAAUUUACAGGAAGUGAAAGAGAAGAAGGAGGAACGCAAAGGAAACGUACAAGUUACGGAAGGAAGACGUCAGGAAGAAUACAAAUUUAUAUCCUUUUGAUCGGAAAACAAAUCGAAUUCAAAAUUGUUGGGGGGAAAAGCAGUCAUGUGCUUGAUCAGGGAAGAAAAAUAUUGUUUGGAUAAGUAAGGGCGGACAGACAGACAGACAGACAGACAGACAGACAACCUCAGCCACGUAGCAAGUUUAGUAUCCAGACGCACGUUUUUCAGUCAUUUGUUCGAAGGCAAUUGAGUAUUUCUCCGAUGACUUUUGACAGUCGGUUACAAGAUAUAAUAUGUACAGAGAUUUGCCUUUUUAGUUGAAUCCUUAGCAGGGAGAAUCUAGUGUAGAAAGAGAAAGAGAGAAGUCGCCACUAAAAUAUAGGUCUAUCAUCAAUCAUAGCUAUAUCAAAAUAUUUUCGUCAGCUAUAAAUAAACUUAUUAAAGUUACGUUUUACUAACCAGCA